AUGGAGGUUACCUGGCUAGCCGAUUCCCCACAGACCCGCAGUCGAAAGAGGGCGUUGAGGGCCUGCGACCUUUGCCAGCGGAAAAAGGUGUGUAGCCGCUCACGCAAACCACCGGCUGGACCCAGCCCCACCGGAGCGCGACCCCAGCAUCACUCACGGGUUUCGACAACACCAGAUGCCAUUCUGCCGGCUCGCUUCGUUGGUGAGAUGAAUCCGGAGGCGGAGAUUCGAGAGAAACUGGCGGUUGGUUCGAAUUCCACGCUUCUGCGCGACCGCGUGGGACUCUGGAUUCCUGCCUCUGGCGCUGAAAGUGGAGGAGAUGCAUUGAGGAAAACUGCCAACGACAUGGACAAUCUAGCCCCAACGUAUCCCGCAGAAGAGGUAUAUACGCCUCAGGUGCUGGAAAGUUUGAUUCGCCGACGGUACGAGUCCGCACGUCAGGCCUGUAGGUCACUGCCCUCAACCACCCGCACUCCUCUCUUCGCCAUCUAUUUCUCCCAAGUCAACCACAUCCUGCCCAUCGUCGACCCUCGUAUAGCUGUCUCCUCCCCCUUUUUAGAGCGAGCAAUAUGUCUAGUGGCAGCCAAGUCGAGAGCUGCUGCACCGCAUCUUUACUUGACCGAGAAUGCCGCCGUAGUGUCGCCUCGAGUGUUCUGCACGGAAGUCUACCAAGGACUCGCAGAUGCGUUGACCGAAGGGCUCGAGCGGGACCGUGUGACUAGGAUCCGAGUGCUCGCAUUGAUGGCCUUACAUUGUGAGAACUCGGAAGGAUCCGAAAUCGCGUCGAUGCAUCUUUCCCAAGCCAUUCACCAAGCACAAACCGUGGGUAUGCACCUCAAGCGACCGGGCGAUGGCGACUCGACACAUCUCAAGCUCUUCUGGAGUCUGUGGACCCUGGACAAGCUUCUUGCAUCGAUGCUUGGUCGCCCGGCUCUGAUCAUCGACCAUGAUAUCAGCAUCGAGAGGCCGUGCAGCGCAAACAAUGCUACCGAAACUCCUACAACCGCCUUCGAUGUUUGGUUCAGGAUCUCGGAACUCUUGUCUGAGGCUAUCCUGUUUUACCGACCCGGAAUGAACCACGAGGAUGGAGCAGAGAAACAAUUCCCCAGCUUUGAGCAAACAGUGGGUCCCUACAGCCAGGAACUCGAAUUUGCCUCCCUGGAACUGUUAGAGCUUUAUUACCAAGCCGUCGCAAUUGUCUUUCACCGAACGGUCGAUAACACGGCCUCGGAACCGCACAACUUUGCACGCAAUCAACAAGGCCUCGCAGCCAUCCGCGUGCAGUCCAUCGUGGCAAGAGAGUGCUCCGAGGACCUACCUCCUUUCCCGAUCGUCUCGUAUGCAGUGGCAUUGUCCAUGAGCGUUUCAUAUCGCCAAUAUCGGUCUAGCAAUCUUAUUACGCACCGAAGACGAGCUGCAACCGACAUCGACGUGUGCUGUUCACUACUUGAGGGCCUAAGUGUCUCAUGGUAUUCUGCCGAAGCGAUGGCUCGGCUGGGCCGCAAGGCUCUUCAACAAAUCCACGAGAGCGAUCCAGGCUUGUACGGGGAUGCACCCAGGGUAAAUGGGUCCACUUCAAGUUCUCCACAAGCGACUCGGAACAAGCGUACUCGAGCGGCUCCCGCCCCGACUGGAAACGAAGAGAAUAUGUCGACGAACGUGACUUAUGCCCCCGUUGCAGAAGAGCCCGUCGUAUACUAUACUGGAGACCACGAUUGGGCAAUCGGCGACAUGGCCGACCUGGAUCUUGCCUUCGAUGACUUCUUGGAUCUGUCUUUGCCGACCAACUUCUAA